CAAGGAAUAUGUUGUUUUUUGUCAGGAAAGGAGAAAAGAUCGGAGGGCAUGCUGUCCAAAAUUGGUGGUUUUUACGAUUUUUUCCUAUUGUUAUGUAUAACUACAUUCUUGACACUGAGAAUCCCACUUGGGAGUUAGUUUUGAAAUUGAAGGAGAUUGUGGAGAUCAUAGUUUCACCAAGCAUUGAUUCAUCCCAAGUAGCCUAUCUCAAGGUCCUUGUUGAUGAGUAUCUCGAGCAAAGGAAGGACUUGUUUCCCCAGAAAAAACUUAGACCUAAACACCACUUUCUCUGCCACUACCCAUGGCUCAUACUGAUGUUUGGCCCACUGAUCAGAGUAUGGACCUUGCGUUUCGAAAGCAAACAUGCUUUCUUCAAAAAGUGUGCACGCAUCAGUCAGAAUUUUAAGAAUGUCACUGCAAUGCUGUCAGAGAGGCAUCAAUUAAUGCAUGCAUAUUCUUUUCACGGGAAUAUUUUCCCUGAUGAUGUAAAGGUUAAGUGUGGAACAGCAUUUGACUCAAAUAUGUAUGCAGACAAUAUCCAGAAAGCUGUACAAGCCAUGGAUUUACAUAUGCAAAACUGUGAAGUUUCAGAUGAAGCAUCAGUGUUUGGCACAUCUUAUAAAAAAGGCAUGUAUGUCUUGUUGAAAGAUGCCGCUGGUAACUGGACAUUUUCUUGUUUACUACUUGUUAUUGUAUCACAGUCACACAGGAAAGUUUAUUUCCUUGUUAGACCAUGUCAGUCUACAUUUCUGUGUAAGUUGGGUCUGUACAAAAUCCAUGAUGAAAGACAAAGUGGUGACUCCAGCGUUGUUUGCGUGUCAUAUUGUGAUCUCGUAGACUAUUGUCCCUUGGCUUCUUAUAAAGUUGGCGGUUGUAAAAUGAUUACACUAAAGAAUAAACCAUGUGCUCAGUUUAAUAAGUAACUGUACGAAUCGUGAAAGUAGAUUGAUAAUUUGAUCAGUAGCACAACACUUCCUGUAAAGGCCUUCAAUGGGUGACGCAUGGGACACAUGCAAAUAAAGUUAGCAAAUUUCUUAUUAAAUGUCAGGAUUCAACAUGGACAGUCGGCAACUGGAAAGCAGUUCCAGUGAGUCAGAGCUCGAUCUGCAUGAUGUAGAAGAAAAGAUAAGAGACAUAUUGCCAAACAUCAAGCGCCGUCGUCUUGCAUCAUUCCUUGAGUAUCUUCAGAAAAUGGGUGUCGAGUCUGUAAAUGACCUAGUCUACAUUAAUGAGAGGGAUAUUUCUCAGACCCUCACACCGAUUGAAGCAAGAAGGCUGCUAGACCAUUUGAAUUGUAGGCCCCCUGUUGAAAGUGGCUCCCAAAAUCGUCCCGUCAAAGCAACACUCGAACUUGAUGAUUCAUCAUCCUCAAGAAGUUCAUCAUCAUCAGCAACUGAUGAGAGUAGCCAAUCCAGUGUGGAAAUUGCUGUGGGAAACCCAUUCCCAUCAAGGUCAUCUGCUGAAACAGGUAGCACCCGUGUUCCAUGGCAGAAGAUGCCCAGACUGCUGAUGGCAGCAUUAGAGGCAAAGAGAAGACCAGCGCCAAGUCUUCGCAAAGAGAUGAUACGCAUCAUUGUAGAUGAUCUGGAUAAACCAUCUACAUCACUUCCCCGCACAAAGGUGCUGCGCGCAUUAAGUUCCGAAAUUGUUCAGAGGUUUCCGGAUUCUUUCAUUGAUGAACUUGGUGGGGAGAAAGUUGGAUCUGGUUAUGACAGCCUGCUCUCACAGUUGGUUAACAGAGUCGACAACAUAAGUCGUCCUUCAAUGAAACGGGGAAGAUUCUCUUCUGGGGAUGAAAUAUCUAGUGGCCCGGCAAAGAAAAAGCGGGAUUCCUAUGGUUGCAUAAAUUGGCAGCCUAUAUCACUUCCAAAGGGAGAAACAGUGGCAAGUCAAGUAUUGCUUAAAGACGAGCUGAAGGCUCUCCACGCAUCUGAGCCUCACACGGAUAAGACCCAAAUCAUGGAAAAGAUGUCAACAACAUAUGCAACACAGAGAGCAAUGCUGAACAAAGCCAACUGUGCUCUUCUUGAUGUAAUUGAGGACUGGCCAUAUCUCUUUGAUGAGAAGUUUAUGCUAAUGCACUUCAAGGAGCUAGUUGGUACUGACAUCAUGCACAAGGUGCAAGAAAGCUUCAAGGACAAAAUUCCCAAGAUUCUGCGCUUCCUUAAGCAGCACUCUUCAUGUCUGCGAAACAAACAACUCCAGGAUACACUCCAGCAACUAGAGGCAGCUGUUGAUGUAGUGGGCAACAAGUCACCACAAGUGAUUGGCUUAAUCACUGUUUUGUGUGCCUACUUUGGUGAGGACAGGGGAUGCCACAUCCUUUCUACGGAGGUAAGCAACUUAGAAAUAUAUCUAUAUACUUUCCUCAUAAUGUUUUUUUUUAAAAACCUUCUCCUGAAAGUUUUGACUGCGUGUCUGCAUUUAUGUAUGUGGACAGAAAAAUCAGCACUUAACAGUUUGUACUUCGCACUGUGAGUCUAUCCAAGGCAUUCAUGUAAAAGAGGAGGAGUUAACACACAUUCAUGUUUGUAAUCUUUGAUCACCCAUUGUGUCAUAUGUGUAAACAUCCUCAAUCGUUGACCCCUUAAUUUUGUCCUUCAUUUGUUCAGACUUUUUUUAAUUUUUUUUUUUUACCAAAUCCAGUUGUUUUAGUAAAUGUUGAUCAAAUAUUUGCUUUACAGGAACUUGAGAAACCUGUU